ACCAAAUUUAAAAUUUGCGCAGUUCUUAUGUGAUGAAAUUUCUAAAGUACAGUGCGUAUCGGUUUCCGUCCGUUACUGUAGAGAUUCGCCGCAGAGUUGUGACCUUGCUUCGGUUAAAACCUAAUUUCGAGAAAACGAGUUCAACGUUCUUCCUGCAAUGUACUUGUUUCGCUUUACGUGAACGCGAUGAACCCUCGUUGCUCGGUGGUUAAAGGUAUUUCUGCCUGCUCACAGCUUCGCGAAUCUAGUCGCUGAUUAGCCGACGGUUAUUCAUCUAGCCUUAACAACGCUGCAUGCAUCUUGUGACGUGGCAUGCGAGCUUAUUCACGCUCUAAAUGUGAUCGACCCAUUAGGACCUACGCGACUUCCAUUUUCGUCUGCUCUUUCUUGUUUUCUGCGUACUUCCUUUCUUUCUUUCUUUUCUUUUUUUGCCUAACUCGACUUUGUGUAGAGUCGUGCUUCGUGGCUCGACGGGCACUGAAUUUUUAAUGGCGGUCAUCGCACGCUUUCGCUUGCUUCUUUCGUGGGUGUAUGGGGGGGGGGGGGGGAGGGGGUAGUAAUGGCACUAUGAGAAAGAAGCAUCCCCAUAGCAAGCAGGGGGAAAAAUCACGCGACUCUGUGAGGGCUAAUAACGCGAUGCGUGAAGGAUCUAACCGAAAACAAAGCGUAGCCAUGGUUCACCCUUUCUUUGCAAGUACAAUUUGUUUUAGUUGUCGUUGCAUUGGCUCACGGAGUAAGUGCUUCGCCUUUUCGCGUUUACUUUUUCUUCUUUUUUUUCUGAUACAGAGUGAACGGACGACUUCGCCGGAUGGCACGGCCACAGUGGUGUCGUCUGCUGUUCGACGGUCGUCUGCUCGAGCCACACCGCCGGCUGGAACUGAAGCAUCGCUUCAGAGGAAGCCCACGUUUUGCAAGACUGCAACCGAGAAAGAAUAUACAAGGAAGCUGCGAAACCACGUGGUCCCAGGGACAUGCGGUGAGCGAGCGUCGGCCGAAGGUCGCAUGUGCCGCAGAUGCGCCAGGGCUUCCCUCUCCAGUGGACGCUGGCCCUGGUGCUACACGUCCUGACCGGCGCCCUUCUCCCACAAGUCGCCUGGGCUGACGAGAAGUGUUCGAGCCUCGGCUUCGGCGGCGGCGCCUGGCUCAACCCGUGCGGCUACUGCGUGGGCGGCAACACGGGCCUGGAGCGCACCCACGGCCGCGACUGCCGGGGCACCUGCGGUGGCACGGCGCGCAGGGACUGCAACGGGGUGUGCGCCGGCGGCGCCUACGUCGAGCCAUGCUCCGGCCAGUGCGUCUACGGCAAGCACAGCAAGGUGUACGCGGCCGACAAGGAGCUGCUAGCCCAGCACCGGGACUGUCGCGGCAUCUGCCUGGCGAGCCAGGUGUCGAGCUCGGCCCGGCCCACGUCGCCGUCGUACACCAGAGACUCGUGCGGCGUUUGCGUCCGCGCUCCGGUCGCCAAGGACGCCAGCGCCUACAAGGACUGUCUCCGAGUGUGUCGCAUACCAGGUAUGUCUCGAGAGAAGGCCACAGUCACGUGCGGCAGCUGCGUCGGUGGCAACGGAACCGUAUCCAAGGCCGACGUAUUGGACAGCUGCGGCAACUGCAAGACGUCCAAGACGCCCUGCCUCUGCGACGGGAAGGGUGAAAAGGACGAGUGUGGCGUGUGCAACGGUAAAGGCGCGACGUGCUUCGUUCUCAAAGCCGUGCGACCGUCCGCUGUACCGGCUGACGUGGACGUACAGGUCACGCUAGAGGGCGCCUUCAGUGGCGAGUCACGUGACGUCCUCUGCGUGUUCCGGCGGCGCGAGGCGACCCCAACAGAGUCCGGCGAGCCGCCCCCGCCAAUCACGGCCGCUGGUCGCGGCAACGGCACCGUGUUCGUCUGUCAGCCCAGGGCAUUCCCUCAAGGAACCUACGUGGUGACGGCGCGACUUUCACGGAUCGGCAAAGAGGUCAACAGCUCAGACACGAUCCUCACAGCAUUCAACAAUGAAGUGUCCUUUGAAAAGAUGGAGCCCGCCAGCGCCCCCUACCGCCGGGAGGAGAACAAGGGCGAUUUUCUCACGCUCACCUUCUCUGGCGGAGACGUCCCGAAGUUUCCGUUGUACUGCAUCCUCGUGCCAUCAGACAGGGGGAAGAAGCGUGUCCUGGUGCGGCCUCAGGGAUCGGCGCCCUCUUGGUUCACACAGUGCCGCGUUCCUUUCCCCAAGACGUCGGGAGACUUCGUGGUGUACCCUUCGCUCGACGGGCAGCACCCCCUGGUGACGGGUUUCAACCUGUCGCUGUACGCGACCAGGCCGCAGAUCAAGGCGUCAUACAUCACGGCCGACGGCAGCAGCGCCGUGGUGUUGUUCGACCGCGCCGUCAACGUGUGCCUGGCAUCAGGUUGCGAGCGGAUACUCUCCAGCGACACGCUGAACGCCUUGGGUCCUCUGAACGUGCACUGCCGAUGGGCGACCAAGCAGCAGCUCGUAGUGAACCUCGCCAAGCCCGCCUCUGGAGACAAAGUGAAGCUGGUCCUCAUCUCCGAGAACGUGGUCGAAGACAAGCAGGCAGUCAUCUGGAACAAUGGUGACGAGCUGAAAACGGACGCCAAGCGGUCGCCGGCGUCGGAAAGCCCCGCUUUGUCGGCAGUGAUCACGGGGCCAAGCGUGGCUCCUCGAUGCGGCACGCUGACUCUCAACGUGCAGUACACGUGGCCCCUCGGUCCCGUGGAGGCGUUCGCAUGGUCGGCCGUUCGGAACGACACCGCAAAUCUAGAGGACCACCUCAAGGCCAAACUCAAGGGCACGAACACGCCGUUUCUGGAGCUGGACGCCGAAGACCUGGAGAUGGACAUGGAGUACAGAUUCAUGGUCAAGGUGACGGCCGACAGCAAGAACGUGGUCGAGCUGGUGCACGCUGUCAUCCGCAGGGAUGUCAACGCCCCAAUCGUGGUCAUCUACACCGACGCCAUGAUGAAUGGACAGGAGGUGUCACCCGAAAACGAGGUCUACCUCUACGCGGAGGUCACGGUGCCGGACUGCAACAGGACCAUCGAGGACCUGGACUUCACAUGGGUGAUCGACACCCCGCUGGUGCGCUUCAACUUUGGCAACCGAAACUCUCCAGUCUACAGAGUCAGGCCAUUCGACCUGCCCGCGGACACGAACGUCACGUUCACGCUGCGCGUCUCGAACUACUACGACGCCGAGGAGUACGGCGAGGCGUCGGUGACCCUCGUCGUCGGAUCGCCUCCGCUAACGGCUGUCAUAAAAGGUGGCCCUGUCCGGAUGGCUGGUGUAAGCCAGAAUGAUGUCGUUAUUGACGGCUCGCCGUCCAGUCCUAAUGUGAAGCCGCUUGUCUACCAGUGGAGCUGUCUAGACGAGGACCUGCAACCGUGCUACGACUACGGACCAGCAGCGACCGGUGACCUGCUGCUCGACCCGCUGGAGGCGAACCGCGACGUGCUCCGGGUCAUGGCCGAGAGGCUGGAGCCCGGAAAGAGACUCAACUUCACCCUGGAGGUCUUCCGCGGGGACAACAGCAGCGCAGACACCGCGGCUGCCUCCACGCUGGUCAUCACACGUGACGAACCCAUACCCCUGGUAUCCCUUGACGAGAUACUGGUUGGCGGCAAGCCGGUGUACGAAUAUGACGCCACCACGGAGUCCUAUUUGGUGAACGCGGGUCCAAUGGUUGUCGUCCACGCAAUCUUCUUCGUCCAUUCAAAGUCCAUAUCGAUCAACUGGAACGUCCCAGGUUUCCCCUGCCAGUACAGCACAGCUGGUGUUAAGAAAGGCUUGGAAGGGCACACUUACCUAACGCUGCCUGAAGGAAGCCUGGUUCCCCACGGCUCUUACACGGCCCAGCUGGAAGUGUGCGAGAAGUCCCGCUGCGGCGGCAUCAACGUGUCGCUGAGCGCCAAGCCGGGACCCUCGCUGUGCCGGCUCCAGUUCGAGGCCGAGGAACCGGUGGAACAGCUCAACGUCACGACAGCCGUGGUACGCGCAUGCGCAGUGCCGCCCGGAUCUCACCCGAUGACGUACCAGCUCUGGGCACACGACGGCGAGGUGGUCACGGUACCGCUGACCACCGUGCAGCGCUCCCCGUUCCUCGAGUUCAUCGUGCCUUCAGCAAACUUCAGCGCCAUCUGCGUCCAGGCCUGCGACAUGUCGCAGCAAUGCGGCAUCUUCUGCAACGACUCUCUGGAAACCGUGCCUUCGGGGAACCAGAGCGAAAGCCUCACGAUGGCCUUCAAGAGGUCCGCGAUGCAGUACCGCCAAGGGAACAAGCUGGCGAGCGUGGUGACGCUGGUGUCGGCACUGUCGGAGGACGACACGGAGGCACCGGGCCGAGUCCUGGACCAGCUUCUGGGCGCCACCUUCCAGAGCACCAACGCCCAGAGGCUGGAACCGGGCGACGUGCGGGCACUGUACCAGGCCUGUCGCGUCAUGAUGGCGCGAGGGAACGUCGACCUGGUCUCCGGCGCCCUCGAGGCCACCUCGGUCAUCUCCGAGAUGGCUCUCAAGAAAAAGGCACGUGUAUCAGUGCGCCGCUUGUUCCACGAACGAAUCACACGCACGCGCAUUCCCGUCGGUUUCGACACGCUCGAGGUCGUGUACCUGUGGACACGAAACGUGAGCGCCCGUUACCCGGACAACGACCAAGUUCGCAGGAACGUCGAGAAUGCCCAGAGGAGAAUCGAGGAGGUGACAGCUUCCAGGCUGCCCAAGGGCCAGCAGGUCCGUUUCGUGGCUGACCAGGUGACGCACAUCCACCACCGGUUCCUCAGCCGGGACCAGGUGACCAUCCCUAGCCUCAACAGGCCCGGAGCCACAGACGUCGCUGUCAGCUUCGACAAGGCCUUAUGGGAAAGGUUCCAGAUCUGGAAGUGUGGUUCCCGGAUGUGCCAAGGUGUGGUGCUCGUGAUCACGGUGCACCAGACCAAUCCUUUCGUGGGCAGCGACGUGGGUACCCGGAUGACUCCUGUCGUUUCGGUCACCUUCCGAACACCAGACACCGGCGAGGCGGUGCGUGGCGUCUCGCUGCGCGACUCGCUGAGCCUGCAGAUGCGCCAGACGGGCAACGAGUCCCGCGUGCACGGCAUGGUGCUGCGCUGCUUCCGCUGGCACGAGCGGGACGAGGAGUGGACCCAGAGGGACAUGACGGAGCUCGGGAUCAAGCAGCGACAGGUCACGUGCCUCGCCUCUUCCACCGGCUCCUUCACCGUCUUCGAGGUCGAGGACGGCCUGAGCACGGCGGCCAUCGCGGGAAUCGUGGUUGCCUGCCUGAUGAGCGUGUUCAUCAUCGCCGCCGUCAUGAUGUUCAUGAUGCACAAGAAACAGCACACCGGCUCCGCCAAGGUGGCUGACCAGGGACCACGUUGAAGCAAUAAAACACAGCCAUGCCUUUCUUCUUCA